GCGGAGGCGGGCUCGCGUGUACACCCGGAAGCGGGUGCUGGCCAGCCGGCUCGCCCGAGGGCCAUGGCUGCGGCCGCGCCUGCUACCGAGGGGCUCCCAGGACUGGGACCUCCCGGGGAGGUGAUUCAUCUGAACGUGGGAGGCAAGAGGUUCAGUACCUCUCGCCAGACUCUCACCUGGAUCCCAGACUCUUUCUUCUCCAGCCUCCUGAGCGGACGCAUCUCCACACUGAAAGAUGAGACUGGAGCUAUCUUUAUCGACAGGGAUCCCACAGUCUUCGCCCCCAUCCUCAACUUCCUGCGCACCAAAGAGUUGGACUCCAGGGGUGUCCAUGGUUCUAGCCUCCUCCAUGAAGCCCAGUUCUAUGGACUCACUCCUCUGGUUCGUCGACUGCAGCUACGAGAGGAGUUGGAUCGAUCAUCCUGUGGAAACGUCCUCUUCAAUGGUUACCUGCCUCCACCAGUGUUCCCAGUGAAACGUCGAAACCGGCACAGCCUGGUGACGCCCCAGCAACUGGGGGGCCGCCCAGCCCCUGUUCGACGGAGUAACACCAUGCCCCCCAACCUGGGAAAUGCAGGGCUGCUUGGCCGAAUGCUGGAUGAGAAAGCCCCUCCUUUCACAGGGCUACCCGAGGAGCCUGGGAUGGUGCGCCUGGUGUGCGGACACAACAGCUGGAUCGCUGUGGCCUACACUCAGUUUCUAGUCUGCUACAGGCUAAAGGAAGCAUCUGGCUGGCAGCUGGUGUUUUCCAGUCCCCGCCUGGACUGGCCCAUUGAGCGGUUGGCGCUCACAGCCCGGGUGCCCGGGGGGACACUGGGUGAGAACGACAAGAUGGUGGCAGCGGCCACAGGCAGCGAGAUCCUGCUGUGGGCUCUGCAGGCUGAAGGUGGCGGCUCCGAGAUAGGAGUCUUCCACCUGGGGGUGCCUGUGGAGGCCCUAUUCUUCGUCGGGAACCAGCUUAUCGCUACAAGCCACACAGGACGUAUCGGGGUGUGGAACGCCGUUACCAAGCACUGGCAGGUCCAGGAGGUGCAGCCCAUCACCAGUUAUGAUGCGGCCGGCUCCUUCCUCCUGCUGGGCUGCAACAACGGCUCCAUCUACUAUGUUGAUGUGCAGAAGUUCCCCCUGCGUAUGAAGGACAAUGACCUCCUCGUCAGCGAGCUCUACCGGGACCCGGCCGAAGACGGGGUCACAGCCCUCAGCGUCUACCUCACCCCCAAGACCAGCGACAGUGGGAAUUGGAUUGAGAUCGCCUAUGGCACCAGCUCUGGUGGCGUCCGGGUCAUCGUGCAGCACCCCGAGACGGUAGGCUCGGGGCCCCAACUCUUCCAGACCUUCACCGUGCACCGCAGCCCUGUCACCAAGAUCAUGCUAUCUGAGAAGCACCUCAUCUCAGUCUGUGCCGACAACAACCAUGUGCGGACAUGGUCAGUGACCCGCUUCCGGGGCAUGAUCUCCACCCAGCCUGGCUCCACCCCACUCGCCUCCUUCAAGAUCCUGGCUCUGGAGUCUGCCGACGGGCAUGGCGGUUGCAGCGCUGGCAACGACAUUGGCCCCUACGGUGAGCGGGAUGACCAGCAGGUGUUCAUCCAGAAGGUGGUGCCCAGUGCCAGCCAGCUCUUCGUGCGCCUUUCAUCCACUGGCCAGCGGGUGUGCUCUGUGCGCUCAGUGGACGGCUCACCCACCACUGCCUUCACGGUGCUCGAGUGUGAGGGCUCCCGGCGCCUUGGCUCCCGUCCCCGGCGCUACCUGCUCACCGGCCAGGCUAACGGAAGCCUGGCCAUGUGGGACCUGACCACUGCCAUGGAUGGCCUCGGCCAGGCCCCAGCAGGUGGCCUGACAGAGGAAGAGCUGAUGGAACAACUGGAGCAAUGUGAGCUGGCACCUCUGGCUUCCCCUCGGAACUCUCUCCCCAGCCCCUCACCCCGAGCCUCUCUCACCAGUCUCCACUCAGUCUCCAGCCACACCUCCUUGUGCAGCUGCCGGGGGAGCCCCAGCCCUCCCCAGGCCGAGGCCCCGCGCCGCAGGGGAGGCAGCUUUGUGGAACGUUGCCAAGAGCUGGUGCGCAGUGGACCCGAACUAAGGCGACCACCAACACCCGCCCCCAGGCCUUCCACGGGUCUUGGGGCUCCCCUUGCACCCCCCAAGAUGAAGCUCAAUGAAACUUCCUUCUGAACACCGUCACCACAGUGCCUUGGAGUAGCCAGGUCCUGGGGGAACUCAGGCACUCCCCCUUCCCCCCAGCUUCCUGUCUGAGCCCUGGGUUCAGGGCCAGGGUCUCCUUGGAGUGCUCACUGUUGCAAGUCCCCAUCAUCCUCGCUUUUUCAGAGCCAAAGUCACCCUCCCUUAAUGAAAUCCUUAACAAAAUAAAGUUCUCACUGCCAA